CUUCAAGCAAAGUUGGAUAUUUCCACCCUCUCCUUUUACCACUUGGAGAUGUGCUCUGGGGGCCUUCGACUACCACAUCAACUUAGAUGUGAUGGUGACCUGCAUAACAAAUGGUGAACCUGAUGGCAUUCAACACCAGUGUACACAAGCAGAUAGAACCUACAGCAGCCUUAGCAAGUGCCUUGAUGAAAGAUAAGCUAACUAGUAGAAAAGAAGAGAAUGAGCAAAAACAAAAAUCUGGAAUUACCUUGAUGUGGUCCCACCAUGUGCGAAUCUUCGAAACCACAAGAUUCGUGGUUGGAGUGGGGGACUUCAAAGGUGUUCAAGGCUCUAUUUCGGGUUCGGGAGCUUGAAGUCAUUACACUGUCAACUAAUUUGGGAGAGACGAUUCGAGAUUUGCGAGAUGAAAUCAGGUCUUGGUUUUGCAGAUUUGGGGAUAGGGUUCAUGGCUGGGAGAGAGGAGAAAUCAUGUCUGGGUUUUUGUUUAUGUUUACACGACUUCAAUCUAAUUUUUGGGUGAGGCGUGUUUGGGAGUUGGGUUGGGAUAAUGACAUGACAUUUAACUUCCACAUGUAAAAAUCCGUCCUCCACGUAAGCAGUGUUUAUUAACGGGAUGAAGCUGGUGAGUGAUGGAGUGCAACGGUGUAAAGUUCGGUGAGUAAUAGAGUGCAAUUUAAAGUAUAGUGAGUAAAACGUGACACUACCUAAAGUUCGGUGGGUAUUGAAACAAUUAACUCAAAAAUGACUCCCAAAGACUAUAAAUUUGGUGUUUUAACCUUUGAAGAGAUAUCGCACAGCACGUAUCAAUUGGAAUUGGAAUUUUCAUGAUUCCUUUCUCAAUUCUUCUCACGAUCAGAGAUCCAUUAGCGUCUUCCGGAUUUGUGCGUGCAUCUGUGUUUGCGUGCUUCACGACGCUGCAGAAAUGGCUUCCACAACUGCUCAAAGAGGUAAGCUUUCACCAAUAUUUAUACACCCACUAAAAUCGAGAUCCCCAACUCAAUUUGAAACCCCAACCCCUUACCAAAAAUUCAAAACAGACGGUAAACUAUCCUCACAAAUCGACACCAAUGAUGCAUUAACAUCCUUUUAUAAUAUGCUCAAAAUGAAACCCUCGCCACCCAUCUUGUCAUUUAACAAAUUGCUAGGCUCUGUUGCCAAAACCAAGAAUUAUCAAGAUGUCAUUUUUAUGUACCAGAGGAUGGUUGAACUUGAUGUAUUGCCGGAUAUUAGUACACUUAAUGUUUUGCUCAAUUGUUACUGUUGCUUGAAUAGGGUUGAUCUUGGUCUUGCUGUUAUAAGUGGGGUUUUUAAGAGGGGGUAUAAUCCAACUAUUGUUACUUUCAAUUCAUUGUUUAAGGGGUUAUGUCGGAGUGGAAAUUCUGUAGUGGCGCUACGGAUGCUUGAGGAAGUGGAGAACAGGAAGGGAAGGUCAGAUUUUAGGCCUAAUUUGAUUUGUUAUAACACGCUCAUUGACGGCCUCUGUAAAGAGGGGCUGUUGGACAAGGGUAAACAAUUGUUUUUGCAGAUGAAGGAUAGGGGAAUUAUGCCAGACUUGGUUACAUAUAGUGGUUUAAUUAGUGGUUUUUGCAAGGCCAAUGAGUGGGAGGACGCAAAGCUGUUCUUCAUUGAAAUGGUGGAUCAAGACAUUCUUCCUGACGUAAUAUUGUUUAAUAUCUUGAUAGAUGCGCUUUGUAAGGAGGGGAAGACUAAUGAAGCUAGUGAGUUGUUAAACUUGAUGAUUCAAAGGGGUGAAGAGCCAAGUUGUGUUACAUUUAAUAUUUUGAUGAAUGGGUUUUGCUUAGAGAGUAGGAUUGAUGAUGCAAGGGAGUUGUUUGUUUCAAUGGGGGUUAAAGGCUAUAAGCGAGAUGUUGUAAGCUACACCGUGUUAAUUAAUGGGUAUUGCAAGUGUCAGAAAUUGGAAGAGGCCACGAGGCUUUUCGAAGAAAUGGUACGCAAAGAAUACAAGCCAAAUGUUGUUACAUUCAACACUUUGUUGACCGGUCUAUUUCAAGCAGGUAAAGUUGAGGAUGCACAGGAACUUUUUGCAAAGAUGAAAGUCCAUGAAGUCACUCCGGAUUCUGCUACUUAUGAUAUAUUAUUGGAUGGUUUUUUCAAAAAUAAUUGCCUCGCAGAGGCAAUGGAGCUGUUUCAUACUCUGGAAAGAUCUGGCCUUAAUUGUCGCAUUAACACCUAUAAUUGUAUCCUUGAUGGAUUGUGUAAAGCACAAAAGCUUGAUUUAGCUAGUGAGCUAUUUGGAAAGUUGUCUCAUAAGGGUUUGGAACCAACAGUUUUUACAUAUAACAUCAUGAUUGAUGGCUUUUCUAAGUACGGAAAUAUGGAAAUGGCAAAUUAUUGGUUUAUGAAGAUGGAAAAGGAAGGUUGUGCACCCUCUGUGGUCAAUUUUAACACGCUCAUGCAAGGAUUUUGCAAUCUUAACGAGGCAUCAAAAGUGGUUGAACUACUUGUGAAAAUGAGAGAGAGAAAUAUCUCCCCAGAUGAAUACACAAUGUAUUUAGUUCAGAAUAUUUUGUCCCGCAAUCCAAAUUACUUGGAUUAUCUAAGCUUGAUUCCAAAUAACUUGAUAGGACUCAAAAACAUGUAAAUAUUUCCAUUCAAUAAUUUAAUGUAGGGGGAGGGGUUGUUUGAGAAAUUUAUGUAAUAAUACAAGUAGGCUUCAAUAAUUGUGAGGAUGUAUGCGCUCUGUUAUUUUUCAUUCUGGAUUGGAGAGUUCCAGCCUAUCGAAAGUUAAUUUUUUUUCAUUUCCGUUGUAUUUGUUUGUUCAAAUUCAGUACAGGAAAAAUACACAAAAACAUUGAUGAAUUGUUC